AUGUCUUUGCAGUAUGACCCGGAGUUCCUCGAUGAGGCAGCGCCCAUGCUUCAGCAACUGGCUCAGUUCAGUAAGCCCGCUCUACAUGAUGUGAAUACGAGACGUGUGAUGACAGGAUCUAUGACAAACCCAUUACCGCCUAUUCCUGAUAAUAUGGAGAGGAUAGUCCAUCAUGUUUCAUGUGAUGAUGGGUUUCAAGUCCCUGUUCAUCAUUUCCGACGUCGGGAUCAGCCUGGCGAAAAUGGCGAGCCGGCUAUCCUCCAUAUACACGGCGGUGGCUAUAUUUCGUUAAACGCGGAACAAUGCUCAGUGCCUCAUGUCCGAUCUGUUUCGAACACUGGAGUUCAAGUUUUUACGGUCGAUUAUCGAUUGGCUCCCGAGCACCCCUAUCCAACACCGCUAAAUGACUGUUGGGCUGUGCUUCAAUGGCUCUACUCCAAUUCGAAGCAACUAUCUAUUGAUCCAGCUCGUAUAGCUGUUAUGGGGGAGAGCGCCGGUGGUGGACUCUGUGCUGCGCUGACAUUGAUGGCUCGCGAUAAAGCCCUUCAACCACCCAUUGCCAAACAGAUUCUCAUUUAUCCGAUGAUUGACGAUCGGACUAAUGCCAAUCAUGCUGGCCAGCUGGCUUUUUGGGAUGAAAUUGACAAUAAGACAGGAUGGACCGCGUAUCUUGGCCCCGAUGCUGGAACUGAUAACGUCGAUCCUUAUGCAGCGCCAGCUAGGGUGGAAUCUGUGAUCGGGCUACCACCGUUGUAUCUGGAUUGUCCACAACUUGAUAUAUUUGUGCAUGAAGGGAUGCAAUAUGCACGUCGGUUCUUAGCUGCGAAUAUCCCGGUGGAGUGUCAUUUGUAUCCAGGCCUUCCACAUGGCUUUGAAGCUAUGGCACCUUCCAUAAGCGUUACGAAAUGGGCGAUUGCGAAUAGGGAGAAGGCAAUGACCAGUUUUUGA